AUGUGGAGUUCCACUCUGGCCGAUGCGAAGCCCAUGGUCGUCGGACCGUACUCACCAAAUGCCUGUGCGCUCUGCCGCAGUCAGAAGAGAAGAUGCGAUAAGACGCUACCGUCCUGCAGUCGAUGCAUCAAAUCAAGGCUAUCAUGCAACUAUUUGUGGAAUGAGACACAGACCGAGGACGUUCCGCGAGCGUCGCUGUCUGACUUCCUCCUCUUCCAUGUGCCGGUCACUCAUGAUCAGCUGUGGCUCCCCGGCAGCUUUCAGGCCUUACAGCCCCAUUGGGACAAUAUCAGUCGCCGACGCGUAGAUAUUGACAACUACUUUGUAGGCCUGGUCAUGGCAACGCUGACGGAGCACUGUGUAUCCAUUGAGAGAAUGCUCGAGGAAUACUUUUGCAAUAUCCAUCCCUGGUUCUCAGUGAUCAUAGAGCCAGGUUUCCGAAAACGUCUGUCUCAGCUGCAUCGCGAGCCUUGCGCGGAGACUGCAAUGCUCCUAUUAGCUGUGUUCCUGGUUAUGAGCUCAAAUGACCAAUAUAGCAACGAUUCUCACCGGACGAGGAUCUAUCAGAUUGGCAAAUACCUCUUCUCCUUUCUGCAGCUCCAGCGGGAACCUUCAUUGGAGAUGGUGCAGAGUGGAUUGUUGCUGGUAUUGUACGAGCUGAGAGCUUCCCGGCUCAACGAGGCCUCUGUGAGCGUUGGGAAUUGCGCGAGGCUGGGAUAUACUCUCCGCUUGAAUAUUGAUCAUAUCCAACAGGAUGAGGAAGGUUUCUCAUGGGUUGAAUCCGAAGAACGAAGAAGAGUCUGGUGCGGACUAUAUCUGUUAGACCGGGUCAUUUACCAAAUAGCCACCGGGUUCCAGGCACCCCACGCAGUAGAAGAGCCUGAUGCCAAUUUUCGGCUGCCGAUAGACGACAUCUUUUGUUAUAAACGAAAAGCACCGGUCGAAGGAGAUUCCCACCCGUCUUUCUCGACGCCGCUUCAGGUUCCCUUGUGUUAUUUUGCGCGUGAGAUCCAGUCAUCCCGCAUUCUUGGACAGGUCCAGAUGCUUAGACGGUCAAGUGACGCCGAUUGGUCUUAUGAACGAUUUACAGCUCUCGAUCGCACACUGAUGCAAUUCAUGGAGAUCCUGUUUGAGCAAACGCCCGGGAGUUGGGCAGUCCUGUGUGGGGCAAACGCCAUUUGUUUAGCGUCUGCAAUAAGUUUUCAUCAAGACCGUCUAUCACGCGCAGCUCGUGGAGCUAUUUCGUCCACUGAUCUGGAUACCUCCUUCCUUGCCAUCACAGCGUAUAUUAAGAUGGUCGGAGAUAUCUGCUCCAAAUUUGACGCGCUUGAGCCUACCAGGAAGAUACCUUGCGUACCCUUACCAGCCGUUAUGUGCACUGGAGAAGCCGUCCUCGCAAUCAGAUAUCUCAAACGGUCAUAUGGGCCAGCGUUUCAGUUCGAUGAAGAGCCUUUCCGACGCAUCCUUGUCUACGCUACAAGAACAUGGAAUUUCGCUGAUGAGUAUCUCCGACGGGCAGCAGAGGGGACUCUGAUUCAAUAA